CACGAUUCCAUGCUGUAGUAUGGGCAUUCUGGUGCUUCCUUGCUUUCUUUCGUAUCUCACCUUACGUAUUUGUUUACAACGCGUUACGCGUGUUAAUUAAGUUCGCACUAAGUCUGUGAUUUGCCGAUCGCAGUGAGUUUCGCUUGUUCGGCAAUGAAAAGUACCGACACAUCUUCCGUCACUGCACCGUACUGUAUAGCUGGGAUUUUUCUGCCAAAAACACCAAAGCAUUACACUGUGAACUUGUUUGAAGAAAACAUAUUUCAUAUUCCAUUUGUGCGUCUUCUUCUGUCUAUUUUUUUUCGGUUGAAAUUCCUUUUUUUUUAAGGACUUUAGCGGCAUAUUUAGUGUUGACUUUACAAGGGUUAAAUAGUUUAACAAAACAACAUCUUGUUCGUGCUCUUCGUUGCCAAUUCUGUUUCUGUAACAGUCUCUCGUCUCUAAAGGCACUCUUCUAAUCCCUUCUGCUUAUUGUUUUAGUAAGGUUGCGCAAUACCUGACACUUUGUGCCUUCAUUAUAACGUUAUCGUGAACUGGUUAUACUACACUUUGCAUACACUGUCCAAAAACAAUUGGUGUCCUCUGUGAUUUCAGCCUCUCUUACGAUUGUAACUUUACAACUACAGCGGGAUUCUUCAAUUUUGCUGCUUACUAUUGUGUUUUAAACAAUACAAUUGACGGUGAAACCCGAUUCUUGAUACGUAAUUCUUCCUUUACAUCGAAUUUAUCGCCAUGAUUUCUGCAAUUCCCGCUUCAGAAAAUGAACGAAACGAAUACUCGAAGACGAAAGAGUUUCCCGGAACUCAUGAAGUGAAUAAACUGAAAGGAACCAAGAAACAGCGCCGUUUUUACCGUUCAUUGCAACUUACCCCGACACCCACAAUUCUUGAUCGGGAACACAGCCGAAGCAAUGUUGACUUCAGUGGUUUUUUCGUACUUUUCUGGGUCGGCGUAGCCGUUAUUAUUAUAAUCAGUGCGCUCGACAAUGUUGAGCAAACGGGCAGAGUAUUUGGAGGCUCUGUAUUUCAGUUUUUCCGUACCAACCUGCUUGAUCUUGUAUUAGCCGACUUGACAAUGGUCUCUACUUACUUUUUUUCUUACCCAUUUCAAAAAUUGUUGGCCGCAGGUGUUAUUCAAUGGUAUCAAACAGGUGCAGUGCUUUUUUACACUGCACUAGGCAUCUUUCUCCUGUCUGCCAUGGCUCGUUGCUUGCUCAGCGACUGGCCAUGGACGCAUCGCGCCUUCUUCAUCCUGCACAGCGUGAUGAUGUUGAUGAAGCUCGUCUCUUACAAUAUAUGUAAUGGUUGGUAUUCACAUCUUUACCAAGUGAAUAUCACUCUAAAACAAAAGGAGUCGCUUUCUCCCGCGGAGGAAGAACAACUCAAGCAGGCUGAAUUCGAGCUUCUGGAGCACGGCGUUCGCUAUCCCUUCAAUCUCACCUUCAAGAACGCUGUAGAGUUUCUAUUCAUGCCCACUUUAUGUUAUCAAUUGUAUUACCCCCGCACCUCGCGUGUCCGUGUUUGGUAUUUGUUGGAACGUGCAGCGGCCACGUUCGGCUGUAUCUUUCUGCUUACGUUAAUCUCAGAGAACUACAUUGUACCUAUCCUUCGCAAGGCAAUUGUACAGUUGCAUCAGGCACGCGAAUCCAGUUUCCUCUCCUUAUACCUUUCUUUCAGCAAAACUGUUACGUAUCUCAUGUUUCCAUUUACGAUUUCUUUCCUCCUUGUAUUUUAUGUCAUAUUCGACGGUGUUUGUAAUUUUGCUGCCGAACUUACUCGUUUCGCUGAUAGAAACUUUUAUGAUGAUUGGUGGAACUCUUAUACUUGGGAUCAGUUUGCUCGCACGUGGAACAAACCUGUACAUUAUUUUCUGCUCCGACAUGUGUAUCUUCCUGUAGCAAGCAUAACAUCAAAGUUGAAUGCUACCGUUAUAACUUUUUUCUUAUCUUCGAUUCUCCAUGAGACCAUUAUGUUUUGCAUCACAAAGAAGAUUCGCGGUUACCAACUCUUCUUUCAAAUGACUCAGAUUCCGUAUAUAAUGAUUCAACGGAACUCCUUUUUCCGUCAACGCGUCAUUGGAAACGUUGCGUUCUGGAUCUCCAUGAUCAUAGGAAUCUCUUUAAUUGCAGCGCUGUAUAUUUUGUGCUAGUACUCUGCUCUAUCACCCAGGACAAAUGUGCCUCAGCACCUUCUGGAUAUAUUAUUCACAGCAGAAAUUUCUAGGAUUCCAGGUGGGAAUGGUUUUUCAACUAUGCCAUUCUUGUUUGGAAUUUCACAAGUAAUUGUGUCUUUUGGAUCUAUGUAUUCUAUUAACAAAUUUCAUGUAUCUUUUCUCCUUUCUA